AAAGGCAAGGCGCAUGCGCAGUCCGGGGGGGUCGCCCUGGCAUCCUUUUCCCCCUGAGGAGCUGGAGGGAGAGCUGGGCGCGGCACUGUGAGGCGAGCGGAAGCGCUCGGGAAGGGGGCCUCGGGGGCCUUGGCUUCUUCCUCUCCGCUGAGGGGAUGAGGGACCGCCUGGCGGAACUAGCAGCGGGUACCCAAAAUGAAGAAGCGACUGUUAUUGUUGAAAAUGACCAUUAUAUGGAAGACUUCUUCCAAGAGGUUGAGGAAAUCCGAAAGUACAUGACCAAAAUAGCAGGUGUUGUGGAAGAAGUGAAGAAGAAACACAGCAUUAUCCUCUCUGCCACACAUCCUAAAGACAAAUUAAAGGAAGAACUUGAAGAACUGAACAAAGAAAUCAGGAAAGCAGCAAAUACCGUUCAUUCGAAAUUGAAAGCCAUAGAACAAAGUUUAAUUCGGGAUGGAAAUGCUAAUUGUACAUCAGCUGAUGUCAGAAUACGAAAAUCACAGCACGCUGUGUUGACCUGGAAGUUUGUGGAGGUUAUGACAACAUAUAAUACAACUCAGACAGUUUUUCGGGAACGCACAAAGGAUCAGAUACGGCGCCAAUUAGAAAUAACUGGAAAAACCACAACUGAUGAAGAACUGGAAGACAUGCUGGAAAGUGGGAAUCUUUCUAUUUUCACUUCUGAUAUCAUUUUGGACACCAAAAUUACUAGAGAAGCUCUUGAUGAAAUUGAGUCACGUCAUAACGAUAUUAUAAAACUGGAAUCCAGUAUACAGGAGCUUCAUAAAAUGUUCAUGGACAUGGCAAUGCUUGUUGAAGUUCAGGGUGAAAUGGUGAACAGCAUAGAGAAAAAUGUUAUGAAUGCAGUUGAUUAUGUCGAGCAUGCAAAAGAAGAGACCAAAAAAGCUGUUAAAUAUCAAAGUAAAGCUCGCAGGAAAUUGAUCCUUAUAAUAAUUUGUGUAUCUGUCUUGAUUGUCAUCCUUGGAAUUGUCCUAGCAGCAACCUUCUUGGAGUGACCAGCAUUUUCCAAGCGUUUGGGGUCUUCUAAAUGGCACCUUGCAGGGAAAGCCAGUGUCCUAGUUCUGACAAAGACGUCUUCUCUUUUCAUUGGAUUUUCUUUUCCAGGACUGCCUAAUAACUAUCUAUUUAAAUAGGUAAUAGCACUUAAUGCCUGAUACCUUUAAAUCUGAAUUAAAACUGUAACAGGUGUUGCUUUGUUUCUUCCAAAGACGUUUUUAAAAAACGGGUAAGCUUAAACCACGUGGACUUACUUUCAAGGCUGCCUUUUAAAAAGUUUGCACUGUUUUGGAUAUGAAUUCUAACUUUUGAUGCAUCAGUGUUACCAGUGUAGAAUUAGAGAAAAUUAAUUGCCCAGAAAUAUUGAGCUUUUGCUAUUUGACUUUGUUUUCUGUUGUUAAUUUAAUUAAUGUCACAAUCUUGUUUUUACAGUUUCAAACAGUUGCAUUUUCUUAAUAACCAUUUGACUUCUAGAUUUCUAGACUGUAUGGAUGUAAGCUUCAUUUGAAACCAUUGAGUUUACUUUUCAAGCCACUUCUACACUGGUAUAUAAUCCAGAUUAUCAAAGCAGAUAACCCAGAAUAUCGAGGCAGAAAAUCCCACAAUAUCUGCUUUGAAAUGAAUUAUCGGAGUCCACACUGUCAUAUAUUCCACUUCAAAGCGGAUAAUGUGGGAUUUUAUUCGGCUGUGUGGAAGGGCCCCCACAUUAUCCGCUUUGAACUGGAUUAUAUGAGUCUACACUGCCAUAUAAUCCACUUCAAAGCAGAUAAUCUGGAUUUUGUAUGGCAGUGUAGAAGGGACCUAAGUUAGUGUGAUUAAAACUGCAAUAUGAA